AUGUCCCGACGCACUGGUGCGAGAGAUGCCUGGCUGCACAGUAGCUCACCCACUACGCCGACUCGAGAAAUCUUCAUGUUACCGUCGACGAACAACCCCAACUCCCUGGCGACAGUUCACGCUUUCGACCAAGGUCAACAAUCGCAGGAGGAACAGUAUUUUGACGCCUCCACACUCUCCGCUGGCAACACUUGGAUGCUUGAUUCGUCUUCAGCAUCCUCUACAAGCCCUGACCUCGAUCUCGCUGUAUUCAGCAACCUGGGCAGCCCAGUUCAGGGUGGCGAGUACAUCCAGAAUGGUUCCAGUAGCUCUUCACUGGCCAGCCUUACCGUUUCUACAAUUCCUACAGAUGACCUUGACGAGGUGUUUGAGCUACCUCAAGAACCCCAACAGUCAAUAGUAACUUCAGCUAUUGGCUUGCCAGUUGGUGAUCAAACAGUUCCCCUGUUACCGACAAAUGCUGUUCUUCAGUCCAAUCAGCCAGGACCAGGUACCGCCAACGGAACGAUAAUCUGCGUUACAUCAUCGGCCAACGAUGGUGCAACGAUGGACUGCAUCGAUGCGACCAAGCUGCUUGUUGCGGAACUUCAAGUAUCAUCGGACCGGCCUUGCGUGACAACGGCCAACGGCGUCGAUGCAGGCGUGAGCACGGAAGGUCAGAGCCGUCCUCGUGACAUCGACACGGUCAUUUAUGACAACCGAAGGGCUAUCCGAGAUCUUGACUGGAUACUUGACUGCCCGUGCACUCGACGCCAGCAAGUGUUGCUUACUGUCUUCUUGGCCGCCCACCAGGCACUUUUGUGGUAUGAAGCUGCACUACAAUUGAACGGACGCGGGAAACAAGCUGCUCGUACCAGUGCGGCAGGCGUCCUCUUAGGCCGGGGCGGCGAAAGAAUUGUCACGAGCCAAGUAAAGAUUGGAAACUAUUGCUUAGACGUCGAUGCUCAGAUGGCUGUGCAUGCUCACGUGGUAUUGAGCGAGCUCACGCGGCAUUUCCAGCCACUGUUGAGCAAGAUGCAACAAAGACGCCAGAUAGCUACCGCAACCCCGAACAUUGCAGCGGCUGCCGCUUUUACGGGGUCACCCCUUGAGAGCUGGGAUGUCGCGGACUGCUAUCUUAAGGCAUUGGAGGACAAACUCAUGAUAGUCGCUGCCAGGGGCCAUGCGCUGAUGACUUAUGCGUGA